CUUAUUGCCGUUUUUUCAAACAUCCGUCAACUUCCCGUGGUUGACGUUGGUGGAUCAACUAUGUCGAAUAGUGACUGUGCUGGUGCUCUGGUAUUAGAAGAUGGUUCUGUAUUCAAUGGCUUCUUGUAUGGUGCUAAGAUUCCCCAGUCUGGGGAAGUGGUUUUUCAGACAGGAAUGGUGGGUUAUGUAGAAUCCUUGACCGACCCAUCAUACCAUUCCCAACUACUGGUACUAACGUAUCCAUCUAUCGGUAAUUAUGGUGUUCCAUCACCGGACGAUGUUGAUGAAUGCGGUUUGCCUAGGUGGUUUGAAUCAAGACAAAUAUAUGCUAAAGGGCUAAUUGUUUCUGAAUUGUGUGAAGAGUUUUCUCACUUUUCAGCAGUCAAGUCACUUAGUCAUUGGUUAUAUGAAAGUGGUGUUACGUGUAUAAGUGGAAUCGAUACGCGAUCCCUAACUCUGAAGCUUAGACAACAUGGUACGCUUCUGGGGAAAAUUAUUCCCCUUUCACUACGUCCAGAAACAUUGGAUUGGAUUGACCCUGCUAAAAACAAUCUAGUUUCAGAAGUAAGCAGAACUGAUAUCAAAGUUUUCAACCCUCAUGGUGAUGUUCAUAUCGCUGCACUAGAUUGCGGCAUGAAGUUCAAUCAAAUACGUUGUUUUGUUAAGAGAGGUGCAAAGGUGACGGUUUUGCCCUGGUCAAGUGACUUGACUAAAACCGAAACAAAUUAUGAUGCACUAUUUAUUAGUAAUGGUCCUGGAGACCCUAUUCAAUGUAAGGGUAUUAUUGACCAAAUUCGAGGAUGGAUGACCACAAAAAAACCUUUAUUUGGCAUUUGCUUAGGUCACCAGUUAGUUGCUUUAGCAUGUGGCUUCAAAACAUACAAAAUGAAAUACGGGAAUAGGGGUCACAACCAACCUUGUGUUCACUUGCCCACUGGACGCUGUUUUAUAACCAGUCAGAAUCAUGGAUAUGCAGUUGACACUAAAAAUAUUCCGGAUGGCUGGUAUGAAUUGUUUCGGAAUAAAAAUGACCAGUCAAAUGAAGGUCUUGCUCAUUACAUUUAUCCAUGGAUGACUGUUCAGUUUCAUCCUGAACAUAUGGCUGGACCAAGCGACCUGGAGUUUUUAUUUGAUGUUUUCCUAAAUUACAUCCGAUCAUCCGGUGGACAGAGUCUAAGUGAUCAUCUAACGAGGCACAUUUCCUAUAACCAGGAGGAAUUCGAAAGAGUGCUUUGCAGUAAAGACAAUAAACCAAGAAAGGUUUUGCUUCUAGGUUCUGGCGGGUUGUCAAUUGGUCAGGCUGGGGAAUUUGAUUAUUCUGGUAGUCAGGCUCUUAAAGCCCUUCGAGAAGAAGGUGUUCAAACGUUACUAAUCAAUUCGAACAUUGCAACUGUACAGACGACCGAAGGAAUGGCUGAUAAGAUAUUUUUACUUCCAAUCGCCCCAGAUUCUGUUGCCCGCGUUAUAAAAGCUGAGCGUCCGGAUGGUCUUCUGAUAGCUUUCGGUGGCCAAACUAGCUUGUCGUGUGGUCUCGCUUUGACAAAAGUUAGAUCAAGUUCUUUAAUUUCGGAUCUUAAAGGUGAAGAUUCAGGGGCAUCAAAUGUGUUGGAUUUAUAUAAUUGUCGAAUUUUGGGUACUUCCAUAUCUGCCGUUGAAAUAACAGAAGAUAGAGAACUAUUUGCAAUAGCUAUGCGGGCUAUAGGAGAAAAAGUUGCUCCAGCAAAUGCAGCAACCUCUGUACAGGAUGCGGUCAAAGUUGCAAAUGAUCUUGGUUAUCCUGUACUUGUACGUGCAGCCUUCGCAUUAGGAGGAAUGGGGUCAGGGUUUGCUGAAAACGCUACUGAACUAGAACGACUGGCUGGUAAAGCUUUGGCUCAGACGACUCAAAUUUUCAUCGACAAAUCCUUAAAGGGGUGGAAAGAAGUUGAGUAUGAGGUUAUACGUGAUGCUUACGACAACUGUAUUACAGUCUGUAAUAUGGAAAAUGUCGAUCCUGUAGGCAUUCAUACUGGGGAAUCUAUUGUUGUAUCACCAAGUCAAACACUCUCGAAUGUUGAGUAUUAUAUGCUACGGUCUGUUGCAAUUAAAGUUGCUCGUCAUCUGCGGAUUGUUGGUGAAUGCAAUAUCCAGUUUGCGUUAGACCCACAUUCUUUGAACUAUUACAUCAUUGAAGUAAAUGCCCGACUGUCUAGAAGCUCUGCACUCGCUAGUAAAGCCACUGGUUAUCCUAUAGCCUAUAUAGCUGCUAAACUUAGCCUGGGUAGGAGUCUCCCAGAACUUACAAACAGUGUAACUGGUGAUCACACCACAGCAUGUUUCGAACCUAGUUUGGAUUACUGUGUUGUGAAAGUUCCUCGCUGGGAUUUAGCAAAGUUUUCCAGGGUGAGUCGCAAAAUUGGCAGUUCCAUGAAAAGUGUUGGUGAAGUAAUGGCGAUAGCACGCUGUUUUGAAGAGGCCUUACAAAAAUCUCUUAGAAUGACGAACGAAAGUGUCUCUGGAUUUGAUGGCUCAUUCGAAGUUCCUGAUGAAGAUGAUUUAUCUGAUCCUACAGAUGUACGAAUCUACAAAUUAUCUGCAGCACUACGAUCUGGCUGGUCAGUCGAACGUCUUCACGCGCUUACUUCCAUAGAUCCAUGGUUUCUCUAUCGUAUGCGCUCCAUUGUUAACUGUGCGAAAGAGUUGGAAUCGCUACAUGACGGAGCUCUCCCAAAUGCUAUGAAGUUAUUAGAAUGUAUACCAACAACCGUUCCAGACAUGAGCUCCUUUCAUACUUUAGUGCGACAUGCUGAAAAAGUGAUGAUUGCUAAAAGGCUUGGUUUCAGUGAUAUCCAGUUAGCUCGUGCUUUACGUUCGACUUCAGUCAUGGUUCGUUGGUUUCGUAAACACCUUAACUUAAAGCCACUGAUCCGCUUAGUCGACACUGUGGCAGGAGAGUGGCCUGCAACUACAAAUUAUCUUUACACAACUUAUGCAGAUAUUCCAUUAGGAAAUAUUCAACUUUUACUCAAAUCCUUCCACGACGGUCAAACAGAAACUUUAGUAUCACAGGAAAUGAUAGACUUACUAUUAAAGUGCAUGACUGUGACCAAAAUUCAUGAUGUCUCACCUGAGCAAAAAUCAAGCAUUAUGGUUCUUGGCUCUGGAGUUUAUCGUAUUGGCUCUAGUGUUGAGUUCGACUGGUGUGCUGUCGGCUGUGUCAAAGAACUUCGACGCCUGGGAUGGAAAACAGUUAUCAUCAACUGUAAUCCCGAAACUGUAUCAACUGACUUUGAUAUGUGUGACCGACUCUAUUUUGAUGAACUAUCUCUUGAACGUGUUCUAGAUAUAUAUGAAUUCGAAUCACCCAUAGGUGUUAUCGUAAGCAUGGGUGGCCAAACACCAAAUAAUAUUGCUAUGCCAAUGCAUCGUUUGGGUGUACCUAUUCUCGGUACAAGUGCUGAGUCCAUUGACAAUGCUGAAAACCGUUUCAAGUUUUCACGUUUGUUAGACUGUAUCGGGUUGUCACAGCCUAGAUGGAAAGAACUCACUGAUAUUGAUUCAGCCAAGGCCUUCUGUGAAGAAGUCGGUUACCCAUGUCUUGUUCGACCAAGUUACGUAUUAUCUGGUGCUGCUAUGAAUGUUGCAAACGAUCAUGAUCAAUUAAUUACAUUCUUGACUGCUGCAAAAAAUAUUAGUCCAGAACACCCAGUUGUUAUAAGUCAGUUUAUUUUGGAUGCCAAAGAAAUAGAUGUUGAUGCUGUUGCACAAUCUGGUCGCCUAGUUGCAAUGGCUGUCUCUGAACAUGUGGAGAAUGCUGGCGUUCAUUCGGGUGAUGCAACACUUGUCACACCCCCUCAAGACCUCAACGAAGAAACUCUGAAGCUUAUUAAAGAACUAGUUCGAGCUCUGGCAGAUGAACUCGAAGUAUCGGGUCCAUUCAACCUACAACUUCUUGCUAAAGACAAUCGUCUUCUAAUCAUAGAAGCUAACUUAAGAGUCUCCCGUUCUUUUCCAUUUGUAUCUAAAACACUAAAGUAUGAUUUCAUAGCAGCGGCUACACGAGCCAUUCUUGGUGCGGCACGUGAUUCCAUACAUCCCCCAUUUGAUACACAUAGUUCAAAGGUGGAAAGAUUGUCUCUAUCCAAGUCCUUUCUUGAACCAUCUGUCAACGUUUUGGAGAACACUGUAGGAUAUGUUGGUGUAAAGGUUCCGGUAUUCUCUUUCGCACGCCUUUUGGGUGCUGAUGUUUUGUUGGGUGUCGAAAUGGUCAGUACUGGUGAAGUAGCAUGUUUUGGUGUUGAUCGCUAUGAAGCCUAUCUGUUAGCACAAGCUGCUGCACUGUGUAAUACCAAUGGACUCCUUCCUAAACCAGGUGAUAAUGUAUUCUUAUCUAUAGGAAGUUAUCGUCAUAAAUUGGAAAUGCUUCCAAGUGUUAAACAGUUACACCUACUUGGAUACAAAUUAUACGGAAGCUGUGGAACUGCUGACUUCUAUCAAACUCAAGGCAUUUCGAUCAUCCCAGUUGAAUGGCCUUACGAAGAAUCAGAUAUAAGCAUUUUUGAUAAUAAAAUUCAAAAUAAUAUGGAUGCAAACUCAAAAGACGGUACAAUUCAGCAGUAUCUUAAAGAUAAACUGUUUUCAUUGAUUGUUAGUUUAUCAUUGAAAAAAGUGGGAUCUCGACGUCUUUCAGCAUUUGUUACACGUGGCUAUCAAACUAGACGUCUUGCCGUUGACACAAAUGUACCUCUCCUAACUGAUGUAAAACUGGCUAAACUCCUAAUCGAAGCUCUUUACCGUUAUUUUCAUGGACAGAAUGCAAAUAAAACAGUAAUAAAAUCUGAAGACAAUGAAUAUAACGUAUAUAAACAAUCAUUCCUUCAUCGUUUACUUCCAUUGCAUUCAAUAACUUCCAGUCAAAUAAUCUAUUUGCCAGGAUUGAUCGAUAUUCACGUCCACACCAGGGAUCCCGGAAUGGAAUAUAAGGAGGACUGGACAUCUGUUACUAAAGCUGCGCUUGCGGGUGGUAUAGUAACUAUUUUAGCAAUGCCAAACACUGAUCCUGCAAUAGUUGAUGAAGAUACAUUUAACAUUAUGAGCAGAAAUGCAACAUCUAAAGCGUGUUGUGAUUAUGGUCUUUAUGUUGGCGCAUCAUCGGAAAAUGCUUCCACUAUUAGCUCACUGUCACACAAAGCUGUUGGACUCAAGAUGUAUCUUAAUGAAACAUUUACUUGCUUAUCGUUAGGCAAUAAGCUUAAUAUUUGGCGUCAACAUUUUGAAAACUGGCCAAGUGAUCGUCCAAUUUGUUGCCAUGCUGAAGGUGAAACCAUUGCCGCUGUAAUUCUUUUAGCAGAAAUCACUGGACGCAGUGUACAUAUUUGUCAUGUUGCACGUAGAGCUGAAAUUGAAUUAAUUCGUGAUGCUAAACAACGUGGUCUAAAAGUCACAUGUGAAGUUUGUCCACAUCAUUUAUUCUUAACUGCAGAUGACUUACCUCAAGAAGGUGGUUGGAAUGAAGUGCGCCCAAGACUGGGUACAGCAGAUGAUAUAAACGCUCUUUGGGCUAACAUUAACACAAUCGAUUGUUUCGCAACUGAUCAUGCACCACACACUAUUUCUGAAAAGAGUAAAGUGUCAGGGGCACCUCCUGGAUUUCCAGGUUUGGAAACAAUGUUGUCGUUGUUACUGACAGCUAUGUAUAAUGGCCGGCUUACGCUUACUGAACUGAUUGAACGCCUGUAUAUAAAUCCAUACAAAAUAUUUGGAAUACCGACUGCUCACACUUUAUAUGAAGCUGUAAACUCAGUUAGUCGGGGGAUAUAUGGCGAAACAUGGGUUGAAGUGGAUAUGAGUGCUGAAUGGCGUAUCCCUGGAGCUGCAUGGGAAACCAAAUCAGAAUCUGCACCUUCAUUCUUUACUCGUGCUAAUUGGAGCCCCUUCGCUGGAAGAGUUGUUCGUGGUCAAGUUCGUCGGGUCAUGCUCCGAGGUCACCUAGCGUUUGUCGAUGGACGUGGUAUGACUAAUCUUUUCGUUUUUUUUAAUUUUCACUGUUUAAAUCAUAGUUUUUCUCGGCAGUAAUAUUUAGGAUGUCGCGUUUGGUCGGUUCAAAGUCACGCGUUUAAAUUAUGUAUUACCUACUCUGAUACAGGAAGCUAUGUACUAUCUCAAGGGGAUACAGAAUCAGUGAGCCUUAUCGCUUACUAUUUAAACAUAGUCAUAGUCGCUGUGUUAAGUUAUAAUUAAGAGUAUUUCAUACUUCUGCUAAUAUUUUUCGCCAAUAUGAGUGACCUCAUCUGCUGAUUAAUACACCUCUUUUUUGUUUAAUUUCUCAAAAAUAGUUUUGCUAGAAACAUGUAAUGCAAUAGCUAGCCUGUGGUUCUGUGUGGCUGGGAAAUUCAUUACAACAUAAAUGCCUUGGUUAUAAAAUGGCACAGUAAACAGUGGCAUUAAAGCACCACGGAGGAUAAAUCAAUUAAAUUGUGUUAAUAAUAAUUUGAUUUUGAGUUUCCACGUUAAAUAAAUAUCUAGAUACCUAUGUGAAUCCUAGAAAACUAGUUAAAAUUAUUUUUAUUAUUUCGCAUAUUAUCAGUUUCAGUGCACGCAUGUACCAUGUUAUAGGUCGUGUAUCACUGAUUGAUUGGAAGCUGUAUGAUGAACUAUGCGCUGCUCCCAUUUCCUAAAUUUUAUAUCAAAGGGUAUUUUUUUAUUCCCCACUGCUGGGAAUAUGGUCUUAGAAAAACAAUAGAAAUUAUUGAUGAAAUGAUAGACUCGCCUAAUCCCCAUGUUUAUGUAAACUCCUCAAACCUACUACAAUUAUUCAGUAAUCCGUUUUAUCAGUUUCCAAGUUCUAAACAAGUACUCUUUCAUCCACUCUACAAAUGACUUCACGCACUUUUAUUCACUUAUAUUGUGUAGAUAAUCAUUAUUUCAAUUCUUUUCGUCACCUAUGUAUGUUAUCUCAGAUUAUAUUAUAUUCCAGUGUCAGUCAGUCUCAGUCUCUGACUGAGUGUUAAACCUUAAUACGAAAUAUGGUUUUAAGCUGCUGAGGAGAAAUAUGAAUUCAUAUUAUUUUACCUCAAUCGUUGUUUUGGUCUUAUUCAAAUUCAUAAAGAGAACCAACUGAAUAAAAUUUCCUCGCAAUUCAACUUGUCUUUUCCCCUCGUCUCUAAUGUUGAAAGUUAUUGAAUUGAACUACAUUUCUUUUAUUUAUAUAUAUAUAUAUAUAUAUAUAUAUAUAUAUAAAAUGUACAUUUCCAGUGAAUAAAUUCUUUUUCUGUCCUGUUCCAGUUUUGGUAGAACCUGGUUUCGGUAAAGAUGUGUCGUCAGACAUAUCCUUGCCUAAGAAUUCUUACGACCCACUAACAAUUGACACUUCUUUGAAACAUAUUCUUGUCUCAGCUGGUUCUCCCACUCUAAGAAACCGGUAUAAUUCAAUUAAUGAACGUGUUCAGGUAGUAAGUUACCUAUUGUGUACAAUUAUCGUUGAUUACACUUAUGUAUUCUUGUAAAUUAUUAUUCCAAGGCAUGUGACAUUUUAUCAUAUUCGUGACUUUACUAUCUAGUUUAUCUGUUGCUUUAAACAAUUAGAUAAAUUCUUGAUAAAAUUUCAUUCCAUUAGAUUUUGAAAAUUAACAACGUCGUGAAGCUAAGCACAAGAAAAGUUUGCAGCUUAAGGUGUGGUAUUUUCAAGUAGCUAGUACUGUGGUGUGUGCUACUUAUAUUGAAAUAAGUAGUAUAUGAUGUUAGUCGUGAACAGAAGGUCUGGCAGCAGAGAGACAAGAGGAUCGAACAGUAACGAAUGGAAACAGGAUGCAAUUUGUAUGAAAAUGCAAGAACAAUGAAGUCUGAGUCAUUUUGAGACAAUUGGUGGACAUUUUGCAAAUUAAGCAUUUACUCUAUGAUUGUUAGAUUUUAUUAACAAGUCCUGUAAUUUUGUGUUGAAUAUAUUCGAUUGUCACCACCUAUGUUCUUGUUCACUACAGUACUACAUAUAUCUACAUGAAUGUUGUGUUACCAUUUAUUUUCUUUGUAACCAGAUAGUAAGAGUUUGGUGAAAAAAUUUUAAACUCACCAAGGUUACUCGCUUGUUCGGGGUAAAUAAUUCCAAUUUUAAUAGAGGUGUCUGACAACAAUCAUUUUACAUUUUCGACCAAUUUUGAGAAGUAAACUACUCACUUGCAUAGGAAUGUUAUCCAGAUUAACACUGAAUGGUUGUUACCCCCGAACUCAGUUAAUGGUAACAUGUCCAUUAAAACCACUUUUGUAAUGCUUCAUAUCUAUUUAAUAGAAAAGCAAGUCAUGUAUUCCUAAUCGAAGCUUUUUAAAUUUAUACAGCACUUCCCAAUUAGUGCUGAUUCACUUCCUUAGGAAAUAUUCACUGAAAUUGGAAAGUAAUCGAUUAGUAGCAACAUGGAUCUCAUUUCAUAACUUAUUCUAUAAGGAAAUACAUAAUUGCAAUUAUUAUUAUGAAAAUAUCUGUCCGUAAAACUGAUAAAUAAUAUUUACUUUUCGUGUGUAUAUCCAUCUGUAUUUGUUCUUCAGUCUCAAGAUGAACCUGGUACACCGAUCCCAGCUACCACCCAAAGCGAUGAGGGACCUCGUAGUCCAAUUGUUGCAUACCAACCUUCCGUAUCUGGUCUGAUUCCAACUGCCCAACUACCUCAAACUCACCAAACCCUUCCAAGUAUGUGGUUAGAAGGUUUAUCAGGGAAGCAUAUACUUUCUUCUCUGGAUUUCUCAAGAGAUCAUCUUCGUCGGUUGUAUAACUUAGCACAUAGUUUUAGAGUUGCUCUAAAUAAAAACAAACCUUUAGAUCAGAUAUGCCGUGGAAAAGUAAUGGGAAAUCUGUUUUUUGAGCCAAGUACGCGUACUUCUAAUUCAUUUGCUAUAGCAAUGCAACGACUGGGCGGCACUGUAAUGCAUUUUUCAGAAUCUACCAGCUCCCAGACAAAAGGUGAAACUGUUUUAGAUACUGUACGGAUAUUGGCCAGUUAUUGUGAUUGCUUGGUAAUUAGGCAUCCUGGAAAAGGUGCUAUACACGCUUUAGCAAAUUCAAUAGUACACAAACCAAUUAUAAAUGCAGGUGAUGGAAUAGGCGAGCAUCCUACUCAGGCACUCCUCGAUGUUUUCACAAUUAGAGAGGAGAUCGGGACAGUGAAUGGUUUAACUAUCACUAUGGUCGGAGAUCUCGCUAAUGGACGCACAGUACAUAGUUUGGCUCGAUUAUUAUGCUUAUAUAAAGUCAAACUACGUUAUGUUACUCACAGAGAUGAAUUUAAGAUGCCACCAGAAGUUAAAUCGUAUGUUGCUGAUCGUGGCAUUCCACAAGAAGAGAUGACUAGGUAGGUUUAGUUUGAACUUGACUACAAUUUCUGUGAAUGUUUGUAUCUAUAAAAACUAUUCUAUUUAAAUAUUCUGUAAAGCCAGAGAUGCGGAAAUACAAUUCGAUGCAUUCCAUCUUUCCUAAAGCCUAUCACAAACAUCAGAUCAUGCGUUGGACGACUACAAUACACAACUGUGUAAACCAAGAUUCUAUUCAGGAUUAAAGUUGAAACUAAACUAAUAAAUUAUUUUUUAUUCAUAGCUUGGAGGAGGCACUUCCCGAUACCGAUGUUCUCUACAUGACACGUGUGCAAACAGAAAGAAUGAGUGAUGACAGAGAUGCUCGGCGUGACCAAUUUGUUGUUACACCUGAACUGAUGACACUAGCCAAGCCUAGAGGAAUGAUUGUAAUGCACCCGCUACCUCGUGUUGGAGAAAUCAGCCCCAAGUUCGAUUCCGACCCUCGAGCAGCUUACUUCCGUCAAGCGGAGUAUGGAACGCAUGUUCGCAUGGCCCUCCUGGCUAUAGUGCUGGCUAAUCAGAAAUGAACUAAUUAUGAUUCAGUCACAAUGAACAAUAUUUCUUAAACAUUAUUUUGGUAUAUUAAAAAUGUCACUAUUUUGUUUAUUACUUUGAUACAUAAACACUUCAUGAUGUGAAAUAUUAAACUAAUCUAGUACUUUGUAUGGGAAAUGUUACUCUAUUAAUUAUUUACUUUUUAUAUUCAUUCUAUAAGUAGUAUCAAGAAUAAAAUUAGUUCUUAGUGCAGUUUCAUGUUCUAAACAAGUUUGGAAUACCAAAAUCUUUGCCAGUACACAGUUCAUAAGCUACGUUCAUUGCGUAACGAAAACAUUGUGGAGAGAAAACAAAG